AUGUCUUCCAUCUACAAGGCGGUAGCAACAGUUUGCUUCGUCGCACUCUGGGGGCUCCAUACAACAUCAGCAGAAGAUCCAUAUUUAUAUGAAGUUAUAACUGAGGAUGUCAGUGAAGAGGCGUACUUGGCCGCCAACUUGGUCCGUAACGGAAAACUCCCAGUUCACAUCGGGAAUGUAGUGAAGGACGAAAGCCUCGUCACUACCUUGAAGCGUGCAGACCAAGGCGCACCGGCCUUCAUUGAAGGGCCAUGCAAUGAAGUGACAGUCAAAGCCGGCGGCCUGGAGAUGUUUCACCACAUCUUCGACUACCACGCCAAUCCAGACUACCAAGCAUACUUGGCUGCCAACUUGGUCCGUAACGGAAAACUCCCAGUUCACAUCGGGAAUGUAGUGAAGGACGAAAGCCUCGUCACUACCUUGAAGCGUGCAGACCAAGGCGCACCGGCCUUCAUUGAAGGGCCAUGCAAUGAAGUGACAGUCAAAGCCGGCGGCCUGGAGAUGUUUCACCACAUCUUCGACUACCAUGCCAAUCCAGACUACCGUCAGUUGCUGCAGGCAGCCCUCGACGCGGGGCUUGUGUCACUCUUCGCUGCAGACAACUCCCGCACAUUUGUUUUUGCUUAG